AUGGCAGCUCUGACCUCGCGUCUAGGGCGCCUCCUACCGCAGUCCAGCGUGCUCUUCGUCUGCGACAUGCAGGAGGUCUUCCGUGGCCGCGUGUUCCAGCAACCGACGGUCAUCCACGGCACCAACACAAUGAUCUCAGCUGCAAAGCUCCUGCAGCUGCCAGUCGUCGUCACGACGCAGUACAGCGCCCGACUGGGCAGCACCGUGUCGGAGAUCGCCAAGACCCUCGAGGACGUGCAGGACGUCAAGACGUUCGACAAGAUGCAGUUUUCCAUGCUCGUGCCCCAAGUGAUGCAGCAUCUGACCACGACCAUGCCGCAACGCAAGUCGGUGCUGCUCUGCGGCAUCGAGACGCACGUGUGUGUGCUCCAGACGUGUCUCGAUCUGCUGGACGACGGCUAUGACGUGCACGUAAUCUCGGACGCCGUGUCUAGCUCUACGAGCUACAACCGUUCGAUUGCAUUAGAGCGUAUGCGCCAGUCCGGUGCCUUUAUCACGUCCGUGGAGUCAGCCAUCUUCCAGCUGGCAAAUGACGCAAGCAACCCUGAAUUCAAGAGCAUCUCAAAGCUCAUUAAAGAGCACCUUGAAGUGGAGAACGGAUUUGCGGGUGCUUCUUCGACACGAGGAGAUUUCGCUGGUCGGACAGAUUGGGAGUGCUUUGCGACAAGAUCCUUCAUUGACAUUGCGGUUACCUUCGACGACUUGACCUCCAACAAAGCUGCCGACAUGAUGAUUGCUUGA